CUCUCCCUAGCUCUGAGGGAGGAGUGGGGUCUGGGUGGUUACAGCAGGGGGAGGGUUGGGAGCCAGGACUCCUCCGUCAUUAUGGCAUUGAUCACUGCUUCUCUAUGGAAGAGCCCAAAAGUGCCCUUGUGAAAUGUCACCUCUGCUUGGAUCUGCCCCACCCGUGUGCACAGAACAGGGCCAGGUUUACAAUCAGGCAGCAGCCUCUCUACUGAGCCCUCGGGGGAGAUGUAACAAACUCACCCAUUUCCUUCCCUGCCAGCAGGAUUCCCCAUCCCUGCCGUGAUCACCAAGAUGCAGGGAGAGGAAGAGCCAUGUGCCCCGGAUCUCCGGGGUGCUGAGGAACAGGAGAGCCUGAAAGGUGCCCACAAAGGUGGCAGGAUGGAUGAGGAGAGUCCCUGGCAGCAUUGGCCAGUCGGAGCAGAUCCAGAUGGGGCAUCACCUGAUGAGGAUGUUUCCAUGGGAGAAGAUCCACAUGGGACGCUGCCUGGUGGGAAUGAGUCCGUAGAAGAGGACCCAGAUGGGGCGUUGUCUGAUGAGACUUUAUCCCAGGUUCCAGCCCUGCGGCGAACCUCCGAGCACUCUCCUGGCUCACAAAUCCCUUCAGCCCUGGAAUCUCAGUGGGAAAAGCCCCCAGGGCUGCCUCUCCCAUUGGCACCCACCCAGCCCAGACGAGCCCCCAGGAAGCCCCCUUGCCGCGAGGCCCCCCCGACCAUCUGCAGCGAGUGCGGGAAGAGCUUCACCCGGAGCUCCCUGCUGGCCCAGCAUCAGCGGGUGCACACGGGGGAGCGCCCCUACCAGUGCACCGAGUGCGGGAAAAGCUUCAGCCGCAGCUCCACCCUCAUCCAGCACUGGAGGACCCACACCGGGGAGCGGCCCAACACGUGCCCCGAGUGCGGGAAGGGCUUCAGCCAGCGCUCCGACCUGGUGAAGCACCAGCGCACCCACACCGGGGAGCGCCCCUACCAGUGCCCCGACUGCGGUCAGAGCUUCAGCCGCAGCUCGGACCUCAUCAAGCACCAGCGCAUCCACACCGGGGAGCGGCCCUACAUCUGCCCCGACUGCGGGAAGGGCUUCAGCCGCAGCUCCGACCUCUUCCAGCACCAGCGCACCCAGCGCGGCGAGAAGCCUUACCAGUGCCCCGAGUGCGGGAAGAAGUUCAGCCGCAGCUCCAACCUCAUCCGCCACCAGCGCACCCACACGGGCGAGCGGCCCUACGUCUGCCCCGACUGCGGGCGCGGCUUCUCCCAGAACGCCCACUACACGGACCACCAGCGGAGCCACCGCCGUGAGAAACCCUUCCACUGCACCCAGUGCGGCAAGGACUUCGGGCGCAGCUCCACCCUGGUCAAGCACUGGCGCACCCACACCAGGGAGAUCCUGUGAGCCUGGGGCAGAGGGAGAGGCCUUCAGCUCUCCAGUCAUGAACCAGGAAUCCCAACGUGGCCUCCUGGGGAACUUGACCCAAUAUCUCCCUCGGGGUCAGCUUGGGUUGGUGGUGCCACUAGUCACGGCUGGUCCCUUGGAGGAUUUCAUACAGUGUGUUAUCCGGGGUCAGCCUGAUUAACAGUGUUGCGAGCAGAGUCAAUGCUCUUCUCCUGGAGGAUUUGAAACAAUGUCUCCAGCAGGGUCCAUCUGAUUCAGUGUUUCCAGUGGGGUCGCCCCCCCCUUACCUGGCACAUUUGAUACAAUGUUUCCAGCAGGAUCAUUUCUCCUUUCCCUAAAUAAUUUGAUUCAAUGUUUCCAAGAGAGUCGAUUCUUCCCUGGAGGUACCUAGGCCAGGGUCCGUUUGAUGCAGUGUCUGCACUGAGAUCCAGUCUCUUUCCUUGGGUGCAUUGAUACGUUGUCUCCAAUAGAGUCACUGAACUUGGUACAAUGUUUCCACCAUUGUCAAUUCUUCUGUCCCGGUUGAUUUGAUACAACUGUAUCCAAGAGUGCCAGUUCUUCCCAGGUGGUAUCUAGACUAAGGUCAGUGUGAUACAAUGUCUCCACUCAGGUCCAUCCUAAUGACUUUGAGUGAGUUGAUACAUUGCCUCAAAUAGAGUCAAUUCUCUUCUUCCAGGGCAAUUUGAUUCCAGGGUGACCAAUACUCCCCUUGAGGACAGGAUACAAUGGUCAGAUCCUCAGAUGGUGUGAAUUGGCAUGGUUCCAUUGCAGUGAAUGGAGUUCUAGUGAGAUAUAGCAGGUGAGGAUUCACCCCAAUGUCUCCAUCAUUAGUUCUUCUUUCUAGGGGGAUUGAAGCCAGGAACCUGAUCCUGCUCUCACUUACAUGGCCAUUUUACAUCAGUGUAAUUCGACUGACGUCAGUGAGGUCACUCCAGAUUUACACCAGGGUCACUGAGAUCAGAAUCCAGCUGUAACUCAUCUUCCAUGGAUGACAGUGGGGUCAUUCCAGAUUCAUACGAGGGCCAUUGAGAUCAGACUAUGCCUUGAUUUCAUUAACAUCAGUAGGUCCCUCUGGAUUUACACUGAGGUCUCUGAGAUCAGAAUCCAGCCCUAACUCCCUUAACUUCAGUGUGGGGAGAUGGUCAUGGGGGAAGAUGGUCACUCCAGCUUUACACCACCAUUAACUAGAGAGGAAUCCUGCAUUAAUUCUGGUUUCCUGGAAGGCUUGAGGCUAUUUCUGGACUUUUGCAAACCUGUCCAUAGAUGACUGAGUAUUUUUACCUUGCAGAAUAAGUAUGUGGGUUAGGAAAUUCGACAAUGAGGAUUGAAAAGGUGAGGAAAUACAGAAGCAGCAGGUGUUCUGUUUAUUUCUCGGGGAACGUGUAGGUGGGGGGAGGGGGCAGGGGGAAGGGAGGAAGGAACCAGAAGCCGAGGCAACCCCUAAAGGGAUCUAUGCUUUCACGGACAGUUGGUGGAAUAUAAAGAGUAGGGCCCUACCAAAUUCAUGCCAUGAAAAACACAUCAUGGACCAUGAAAUCUGGUCUCCCCUCUGAAAUCUGGUAUUUUAUUUACUUUUAUCCUAUACUAUAAAAGUACCCUAUAUGGUAAAAGUACACAGCAUUUCUCAAACUGUGGGUCCUGAUCCAAAAGGGGGGCGCAAGUCUAUUGGGGGGGGUCACAGUAUUGCCUCCCUUCUGUGCUUCUGCUGGCUGCAGCGCUGCCUUCAGAGCCGGGCACCCGGCCAGCAGCCGCUGCUCUCCGGCCACCCAGCUCUGAAGGCAGCACAGAAGCAAGGGUGGCAAUACCGUGACCCCCCUACAAUCGCCUUGCAACCCCCUCUUGGACUGGGACCCCAGUUUGAGAAAUGCUGAGUCUUAAGGGCUUUGUGUGUUUCUUUUGCCAUUUUCAAAUACGUAUUCAUGUUUUGUUACAGCACCAUGAAAUUCAAGAUUUCAAUAUCUGAAACUGUGACAGUCAAGAUUUUUAAAAUCCUGUGGCUGUGAAAUUUGCAAGAAUGGACCAUGAGUUUGGUAGGGCCCUAAUAAAGAGAUGUCUAAAUGCUCCUUGGAGUAGGGGGAGGUGCAGUGCCUCAAGUCAGGUUAAUUUCCCCCUUCACCCCUUGCUCUGCAAGAAUCAUUAAUGCACAGUCCCCUUCAGACCCAGCUUUAGAAGGGAGGUCCAAGCAAUCCCAUUUCAAAAGCUGAUCUCACUUUCCUUAUGGGCUCUGACUGGAUGAUUCAAUCCUCCUGGAGUGUCUGUGUUAUCUAGGGCCAUCUGCCCUAGAUAACACAGACACUCCAGGAGGAUUGAAUCACUUGCCUGAAAUGUUGGGGCCCUUUGUCUGAGUUAUCUUUGGGCAACUCAAUUUGGGGACUUCUGGUUCAGAACAAAAUGAGCCUCUUUUGCUUGUGCUGUAUAUUAGAGGAAAUAGACUCAUAAGUCUUUGCUCAGCUCUAGCCGCAAGAGGGUGGUAUAAACCCACAUUGUGCGUUCCACCCGCCUUUUGUGUCUUGGUGUUUCACCUGCUUAUGGUAGAAUUACCCACAAACCACACAUCUCUGUCUGUGUCCCAAGCAGCGAACAUGGGUCAUGUUUGCCUGUAUUAAAUCUCCAGC